AGCAGCCUUUCCAUUUUCUUGAUCAGGUUGGCUGGAAAAAUGUAAAAAAGAACCAAGAAAUUUUCUAAAAAAUAUAUGUAAAGGGUAGCAGAAAAUUAUAACCUUGAGAAAUGCAAAUCACUUGGUUCUCUAUUUUUAUUUUUCAGCCUUGGUAAUUUAAUGUUACCAUAGUUUUGAUCACUUUCUGGAUUGGUUGCCCUUAAAAUUCCAUCCGCAUUUUGGCCUAUUUCCUUAAUUCUACAUUGUUAAUAGUUUGAUCAUAUCCAACUCUUCAGAGAAAUUUGGAUUUACACAUAUAUAUAUAUUUAUGAAGAUUUUUUCCAGAAAGGUGGUUUCUUGAUCAAGAUUAUAAAAUGGGUUGGUGCUGAAUUUCUAUUGGAUUCAUCAGAGUCUAAUUGAAUUCAGCAUUUUCCCUCGUGACUGACUCAACAAUUUUGCCCAUUUUAAAGGCCUUUUUGUGUUAGAAUGGAUCAAUUCAGGCAGAUUGGUGAGGUAGUUGGGAGCUUAAAGGCUCUAAUGGUAUUGAAACAUGACAUUCAAAUAAACCAGAAGCAAUGUUGUCUUCUAUUUGACAUGUAUGUACAGGCCUUCAACACGAUUUCCGAGGGGAUCAAGCAUAAUUUAAGGUUAAAUGAGAGAAAUAACAAGUGGCAAGCACUUGCAUAUCCAAUGAGAGAGCUUCAUAGGAUCUUUAAAGAAGGUGAAAUGUACAUAAGAAGUUGUAUGGAUGUGAAAGAUUUGUGGGGUAAAGCCAUAAGUUUACAUCUCAAUAAAGAUUGUGUUGAGUUUCAUGUUCAUAAUUUACUAUGUUGUUUCCCUGUUGUGAUUGAGGCUAUUGAGACAGCUGCAGAAAUCUCAGGAUUCGACGAGGAAGAUAUGCAGAAACGGAGAACAGCACUAGCGAAAAAAUACGAGGGAGAAGUAAUGUGUGAUCCAAGAUUUUUUCAGUGGAUGUUUGGGAAACAAUAUUUAGUCACUAGAGAGAUAUGUAGUGAAUUGGAGAGUUGUUGGAAAGAAGAUAAAUGGUAUCUUCUUGAAAUGAUAAGGCAAAAUUUGGCGAUAAAAGAGCAUAGGCUAGCUGAGAUAUUGCUCAAGAAACUAAAUGGAUCAGAAGAAUUCAAGCAAAUAAUGCUCUUGCCUAGUUUAAUCUUGGUUGGAGCGAGCGAUUAUCAUGUGAAGAGACGUUUAGGAUCGCGUGGAGGACAUGUUAAGGAGAUAAAUUGGUUAGGAGAAAGUUUCGCGUUAAGGAACUUCUUUGGUGAGCUAAAUGAACCGUUACUUGAUGAACUCUUUUUAUUGUUUUCGCUGUCUCACCCGAACGUUUUACAAUAUCAUUGUGGUUUUUACGAUGAAGAAAAGAAAGAAGGGUACCUUGUUAUGGAGCUAAUGAAUAAAAGUUUAGCCGCUUACAUAAAAGAACAUUCGAGUCAGAGGAAGAAAGGACCGUUUUCUGUCCAAGUAGCUGUUGAUAUUAUGCUUCAAAUUGCUCGAGGGAUGGAGUAUUUGCACUCGAAAAAGAUCUAUCACGGAGAGUUGAAUCCAUCUAACGUGCUCCUUAAACCAAGAAAUUCCUCCGCGGAGAGUAGUUAUUUUCAUGCGAAGGUUAAAGGAAUUGGUUCAACAUCUAUUAAGAGUAAUCACAAUGCUGAUGAGUCUUUUAUAUGGUAUGCACCAGAAGUUCUUACUGAAAAGGAAAAACCGGAAAGUAUAUGUGCCCACAAGUACACAGAGAAAGCUGAUGUUUAUAGUUAUGGAAUGAUAUGUUUUCAACUUUUAACGGGGAAAGCUCCGUUUGAUGAACAUCUCCAAGGGGAGAAAAUGGCGCGAAAUAUUAGAACAGGGGAGAGGCCUCUUUUCCCAUAUCCUUCACCUAAAUAUCUUGCGAACUUGACAAGAAAAUGCUGGCAAACGAAUCCAAAUCUUCGUCCAAGUUUCUCUUCUUUGUGUAGGAUUUUGCAUUAUAUCAAGAAAAUACUUGUUAUAAAUCCGGAACAUGGACAACCUGAAUGUCCUCCUCCACUCGUAGAUUAUUGUGAAAUCGAGGCUGGCUACUCGAAGAAAUUUUCAGGAGAGGAUAGUAGUGGUUUGGCCCCGGUAUCACAAAUUCCUUUCCAGAUGUUUGCUUACAGACUUGUUGAGAAUGAAAAAAUUUCAGGGAACUCGAAAGACAAGCAUUGGGAUUCAUCACAUUAUGGUUUUUCGGGAUCAAUGCAGAGCGAUGAUGAGCGUAUGGCUGCAAUAGAUGAUCUUUUCUUCGAUCCAAGUGAUCGAAGGUCUGUUUGUUCAGAGAUAAUAGAGAGGAAAGAUUCAAGAUUCUGGGAUCAGAGGUCAGCUAUAUCUGAGACACCACUUAGAAAAGAUUUUUCAUUCGAUCAAAUGUCAGUUGGUUCUGAGAGUCCAAAAGAGAAAUUUCCAGCAGCAAAUGAAAAGACAAUUUAUGCUGAUAUUCCAGAAAGUAAAAUAAUACUGACACCAGGGAAGACCUUUUCAUCAAUAAGAAAGAACCAAAAGCUGAAAUUUUUGGAAAACCAGGAGAACGUAACGAUGUCUCCGAAAACGGAUGACAAAAAACCUUCAUCGAGUGUAGAAGCUGAGAAGAAAAUGGCGUCUCCUGGGAAUUCAGACGAAAAAAAUUCAUCAGGUGAUCAGAUAUUAAUAAGUUCUGCAACUUUAGAGGAGAAAAACUCAUCUGAUAACCAAAAACUUAAAGAUUCUGAAAGUCCAGAAAAGAAGCAAUCAUCAACUUCCAAUGUCAAGUCCAUUCGUGGUGAUUCUACGCAAAGGAAAGCUCUGUCAAGAAGAACAAAAUCCAAGAAUCCAGAUAAGAAAGUUCUAUCGAGCCCGGAAGCCAAUGAAAACUCGAUAUCAUCUGAGAAUCCUGAGAUAACUGCAUCAAAACCAAGCAAUUCAAAGGUAUUGGUAAAGAGAACUCCAUUACACAAAAAACUACAGGACAAAGAGAGUAGUACAACACCAGAGAAACUGACAGACCCAUCGCCAAGAUCUUCACCAGCUAGAGUUAAGAGAGUACAGUCAUCAACAAUGUCAUCUCCAACACGAACACCAAAACCUUUUACAGUUCCAAGAUCACCUGCAAUCACCUCAAAUGGAAAUCUCUAUCAGUCCCCGAGUGCAUCGCCAUUAAAUCCAUGUGCUCGCUGUGCAAACCGAGAUGUCUACUUGCCCUCGGGUAUGAGCCCACAUAGACCAAGGAAACCGCAUAGCAUUAGCAAUAGCCAAUGUGUGCACAACAGUUAAAAAUGUUCAUGCGGCUUUCAAUUUUCAAAUAAACUUUGCAGCUCAAAUAUUUUGAAGCAAAGGAUGGUUAAAGUUUGUAUAUUACGCUUAUACGUUAAGCUUUUUUACUUGUUGGAGAUAAAUUAUUUAACUUUUUGGAGGUCUGUA